AUUGGCAACGGCCUUGAUAGGACUUUCUGGAUAAUUUUAUUCGAAAUCAAAUUAGGGAAGAUUGUGUAUGUUUGUUUAUUGCUGAGAAAACUUAAAGAUUUUGCUAACGUGUUGGGGGAGGAGAUGCGAAUGUCGUGUGUAGUGACGCGAAAGUUGUAAGACGGUGAACGGACUCGAGGUCCAGGAUGAUGGAAGUGCAGCAGCAACACUCGCCUGUCGGGGUGGGUCCGUUAGACUUUUCAAGACGUGGGGUUGCCGAGGCGUCGGCGUUUCGAGUUGUCAAGCCCAAACAACCGGCUUCGUCGCUCGUGCAUCAGCAACCGCUGCCGCCGGAAACCAACAACAACGAAAAUCUUCAAGAGAACCCGCAAAUUCCCAUCGAUGAAGGAGGAUGCAAUGUUCGUUUAAUGUUCCCGAGACUGUGGGCGCCCUUCGGCAAUGCCACGGAAAUUACGAAUCUGCCACCGUUACCAAAGAGUCAUUCAGAACGACUAUCUUUCGGAGUUGGUCGUCUGGUGGGUUCGCCGGCGACAAGGAGUCCCUCGCCGUCUCAGUCUCCCUGCCCGGAUUCCCCUCCGUCCGAGCGCCGGGACGCCGAGGUGGAUGUCGAUGUCGGCGAGGAGGAGGUCGACGUGGACGUCGAGGAGGUCGGCGACGAGGAUGACCACGAGGGCACCUCGAGUCCGCCGCGGUCGUCGUCGACGCCGUCGCCGUCGCCGGUCAGCGUCGCGACGUCGCCCGUGUUGCAUCCCCCGAAGAAAUCCGGCGACAGUUUCAGCGUGUCGGCACUCCUCAGGCCGGAUCCACCCUCCGCGCACCUGCAGAACGCGUCGCCGCAUCGAGAAUCCGCUUCCAUCGGCGCCCAUCCACCACCGCCCGGCUCGUCGAUCCUGUACCCGCCGUUGCACCUACAGGGCGGCCUCCUGCCGCCCCAUCCGCAUCACCCUCUCUCGUACCUGCACCCCCAGCUGCUGCCGCAUCAUCUACUGCCGCCGCACCUGCACCCGUUGCUGCGCGGCGUUCCGGCUCACCCGGGACUGCACUCGACUCACACGGCGCACGGGCUGCACCAUCCACAUCCACUCGGCGAUGUCUACAGCUGCGUCAAGUGCGACAAGAUGUUCAGCACGCCGCAUGGGCUCGAGGUUCAUGCGAGGCGGUCACACAACGGUAAACGGCCAUUCGCCUGCGAGUUGUGCAACAAAACCUUCGGCCACGAAAUCAGUCUCACGCAGCACAGGGCCGUGCACUCCGCAGAGAAAGUGUUCGAGUGCAAGCAAUGCGGUAAAGCCUUCAAGAGAUCCAGCACGCUCAGCACUCACCUUCUAAUCCACUCGGACACGAGACCGUACCCUUGCCAAUUCUGCGGCAAGCGAUUCCACCAAAAGAGCGACAUGAAGAAGCACACUUAUAUACAUACCGGUGAGAAACCUCACAAAUGUCAGGUGUGCGGCAAAGCGUUCUCGCAAAGCAGCAAUCUGAUCACGCACUCGAGAAAGCACACGGGUUACAAGCCGUUCGCCUGCGAACUCUGCGGCCGAGCUUUUCAGCGUAAGGUCGAUUUGAGGAGGCAUCGCGAGACCCAGCACGCAGACCUGAACGCGUCGCAUCGACCGCCGAUUGGCUCGAUUCCCGGACAGAAUUCCCUGCCCAGUGGAAAUCCACCGAUGAUGCAGUGAGACCGCGACGAGGAAGCGGUUGAUAAUCCGGCGCCAGAUUGAUACGGAACGAUGAUUGGAGAUUGUCGCAAUUAGCGACUCUUUUCCGCGAAUCCCUUCAGGCAAUCCAGCCGGAUUGAGGAUGCAACUAUAUAAGUAAUGAAAUCAUAAAUGACGAUCUCCACGAUCGUCGAUGGCGGAGAAGAGAGCGAUAAAUUAAUCUCAUGGAUAGAAUCGCGAGUGAAGCGAUUGCGGAUUGCAUCAUGGUGAACUGAUGGCUGGAGAAUAUUAACUUCUUGCUUUUUGUAUUAUUGUCUAUUUUUAAUAAACUUAAACAGAAAAAAAGAUAGGAAAAAAAUCAACUUGACGUUGAAAAAACGUCAACAUCACUUGAGAG